CCCAAUGGGUUUCUGACGUUAAGGGGGUAAUAGCGGGAUCUCUAUCCUGGGGGUGGGGGGAUAGGCAAGUAGCACUUUUAAUAUGAGUAUUAGGUGAGAUAUGAUAGGUCUGACAAAGUAUCUGGAUAAUUUUGAGUCUACUAUAUAUAUACACACACAUAUAUAUAUAUACUUAUAUAUAUGGUUCAGGCUAGCGUACACCAGGUGUACAUAGUACGUCUGUGUACACACCUAUAAAUUAAUUAUUAAUUAUUUUCAAUUAAUUAUAAUCAAUUUAAUUAUUGAUAAUAAAUAUAAUUACAAUCAUAAUCACUCGUUAAUUGUUCUAUACAUUUUAGUCCCAUAUCAUUUUUUUGUCGUACAUUAAACUCAAAUCAAUCCUUUAACUAUUAAUUAUAUAAAUCAUAAUACUCUUUUCUCCAAAUCUUAAUUUUACAACACCCGAACUUUAAAAUUAUCUGCAACUUUCAUUCCUCCCUAGUCCCUACAACAAAAAUUGACCACGCCGUUUUGUCAUCAUUCAAUCUCUAUUCAUCUUUUCUCCAGAAAAAAGAAGUAUUCAUUCAUCUCUAUCUCCUUCGUCUAAUCAUCUUCUUCAUCAGAUGUGAGAGGGUGGUUUUUACUUGUAAAUCCUUUGUUCCUUUAACUACCAUUCUCCCUUGAUUCAGAUCGGCCCGCCAUAGCUUUAGAUCCCCAUUCGCCAAUAGCCGAAUCCCCUUUGCCAAAAAUCGAGCAUCAUAGGUCAACCAGGAGCUGGGAUCCCCGCCUUCAGCAAUCGAUUUCGUUGAAAUAGGUACAAGGAAUCCCCAAUCCGUAUGUCUCUUCAGUUCUUCGACGCGAGCUGUACUGGCUGGCCCUCGUCUUAAAGACCUCAUUCAUCCAAACAAGUAUCGUUUGCCGAUUUCGUUCCAGCUGCUGUCAGUCUCGAAGGGAUUUCGCGAUCCUAACCGUCUCUGGUGCUGUAUAUGAAACGCCCCUCAGGUAAAAUCCCUAACCUUUCUUUUGAUUCCCCUGAUUUUCUCUUUCCGCUGUACAAUGCGUCCAUGCCAUCUGCAGCUCUCGAUUGAUCGGUUAAGUAGGAUAAAUUGCAUUUCUCCUGUCUUUCCCUGAUCUCCCCAAACCCGAUCGGCCUAAAACUUUAAGAAGAAUUCGAACUCACUUCUCUAGGUCCCUAAACCCUCUUCUUAGUUUUGCCUGCUUGUAGCAUUAGACUACUGCAACAUCGCCUUCCCCUCCUGCCCAGGCCACGAGCAUGCUCUUUGAGCCGUUUCCUGGAGGCUUCUUCUCCUAAACACUUUGUCCCUCAAGACUUUUCUCGUGCCAGGGUAAGUUUCUUCAACAACUCUUCCCGACGCUUCAGCUCGAUUUCUGCUUCCGGUACCCUUGUUUGGUUACACUACGUAGUUGCCUUCGAAGUUCUUUUGCUGCUGUUGCUCCGACCAGUUUCUGUAUUUGUAUCCAUCCUUAUAUGACAGCUUUGGCGAGAUAUUUUUGUUUCAUUUAAGUUAUUUCAGCUUCACCAUUCAUACAUUUCAUUCUGUCUUUGCAGGGGUUGAGGAGAGGCAUAUUGGGAUCAUCGUCUAUGUUUUAUAAUAUGUAGUGUUUGCGGUUUGCCUAUUACCAUUGAUGUGGGUACAACCAACGAGAAAUUGAUGAUGAUGAUGAAGUGUGCAUAGGACUUAAACAAGGAGGGCUACUAGCCAGGUACCAUCCUCUCCCUUGAAUAGAAUUCAGGUCCAGAGUUUUGUGGCAAUUCAAUUAGCAAAUGCCUCAUUACUUGUCCGACCUUCUGCCGUCUAUUGUUCUCUCAACAGUUUCAGGAGAAUAAACUGAUGAACUCCAUUACACAGUAUCAGCUACUGAUCCAGAAGUACAUGGUUAUGAUGGAACUCGAGAGAGGAACAAAAGAUUGUUCUAUGAGUUUCUCGUUGACGAUGUGGAGUUGUAGCCACCUGUCUACGCUCCACAGCUGGGGAAGCUUCCCAGAAAUACGACAACAUUAUAAGGAGCGCUCAGGGUUUAUACAUCAACUUGAAAGAUAAGUAUAGACAUUAUGAUUCAUUUCUGUGAAUAAGUGAUCCGGUUUUGUGCUAGUUGAAUGUUUCAGUUCCUUACAAAAUAUGAUUGGUUGGCUGUACAGGAGGAGAGUUCUUGAUGUGCUGAAGAACUGGCCUGGGAGGAGCAUACAAGUCAUUAUUGAAAAAUGUAACUAAAAAAAAAAAAAAAAAAGAUUUAGUGCCUCACUCCAGUGAAGCAAAAGCAUGGAUGAGGCAACUCUAAUCAUGGUGAACACAUUUAUUUGGUUGGCAAUUGAUUUACAGCAUACCAAACAGAAGCAAAGCAACAGGACGUGGCCCUCUAGUGAACCAAGAUGUCACAAAAAGCAAGCAGAAAAGAUAUUCAUAACUACUAGAUGUAGACAAAAUCAACCAUACAACAAAGGAAUUCGCCUAAA